UCCCUGAUUCUGUGCAGUGCUGCCACGCGCUGUAGCCUCGCCAGGGUUACACACUACACUUGUUACACUGUGCGCGGAGUAGAACCUGAAGGUGUCUCUUGAAACCGUGUGUGUACCAUGGCUGCUGUCAAGGAGGAUUCCAAGGCGGAGAGCCUGAACUACUACCGCUUCUCCCGCCUGGUGAUGGUGGUGCCGGCGCGCUACAUGGCACGUGCCUUUAUCUGGCUCCACGAUGGCGACUCGCAGAGCCUCGACGAGUUCUUCACGGCACAUCCCGGUGUGUUUAAGAAUUUAGAUCGUUUGGAGAAACAGAAGAUUCUCGAAGGAACUAUUCCAGCAAAAAUGGACAUUACUCUCCUGUACAAGCUGCUUUUUCAUGCUGGUAAUAUCCCAUCAGCCAACCCGCCGUGGCACAGUCCUGUAAAACCGGGGCAGCAACCUUCCUUGGGGCAGGUGCUGUAUCAGCUGAAAGGUGUUCGUAACGAGAAUGCUCACAAGAAUCCUGAGGAACAGACUAAAGUGACCGACGAUGACCUGGACACUCUGGCGAUGACUCAGAAACGUCUCCUGACUCAGAUGUUGACCUUGGCCGGCCAGCUGGCGGGGAAGAGCCAGGACACUAUUGCCGAAGCGGUGACCAGCAUGGAGGCGGACGUGGCGACGGAGCGGCACGUUCAGGAAGGCAUCACCGUUGAAAAGUUUGUAAGUCUGGCACGCCACGAGCUGUCACAAAGGAAACACGGCCAGGAGCGUCCCCACUACGUCGAACCGCGGCUUGUGGUCACGACUCGGGACGCCCUCAUCGGCUCUUUUGUUCGUCUCCGUGACCUGUUCAGCCACACCUUCCAGGACGGGUCGCGGCCUCAGGUCAUCCAUGUCACGGGCGAGGCGGGCGCCGGGAAGACGUCGCUCUGUCAGGCCGUGUUCUCAUCGUGGCUGACGGAGGGGCAGGGAGCGCAGGCCAUUGCGGACUAUCAGCUGGUACUGAGCAUCGCCUGUGCUCGCGUCACGUCCAGUGAUCUGCAUCGCUACCUUCGCACCUGGACACUUCCCGAAACCACCCAAUGGUGUGAGGACACGGCCAGCCUGACGCGACUUCUGCGAGAGGCGAAAGUUCUGUGGCUGGUGGAUGCUUGGGAUGAAGCAACCAGGGAGGCCCGAGGUCUCCUGCAUGAAAUUCUUCACUCCAAGACCGAGUCCCACACAGUCCUCGUCACCUGUAGACCUGAGCUCAGCGCUUCUCUCACCGACCUCUUCUGGGGAAAAGUUCUGAACGUUUCGUUUGUUGGGUUUGAUGACUUUGAGAGGGCAAAGCUAAUCACUGGAAUGAACCUUGAUGGUAUUAGUAAAGAAUCAUUGGAUGUUUUCUUGCGCUGGCUGCAAGUCAUUACAUCUAAAGAAAAGGAGUUAACCAAUCCCCUGAAGCUUCGACUACUAGCCGAGCUGUGGUGUGGCGGCCAGUGCUCCAUGGGAGAAGCCCGCCUUCCUUCCGUGCUGCAAAUGUAUCUGUACAGGACUCUGUGACAGCGAG